ACAUGCCCUGUUUUAAAGAUAAAGUUAUCAUUGUGACGGGCGCCAGCUCAGGAAUCGGUGCAGGCACCGCCAUUCUCCUGGCCAAACUGGGAGGUCUCCUUACCAUUGUAGGCAGAAAUGUAGACAAGCUUCAGGAGACUGCGCAGCAGAUCGUCGCAGCUGGAGGAUCUCCUGCCCUGCAGGUGGCGGCCGACAUGAACAACGAGUCAGACGUUCAGGGUAUAGUAUCUGCGACGUUGGCCAAGCACGGGCGCAUCGAUGUACUGGUCAACAAUGCCGGAAUUCUGGAACUGGGCAGUAUUGAGAACACCAGUCUGGAACAGUUUGACCGGUUGAUGAACACCAAUGUCCGAGCGCUCUAUCAGCUUACCAUUCUGGUCACUCCGGAGCUAAUCAAGACCAAGGGGAACAUUGUGAACGUCUCUAGUGUCAAUGGCAUACGAUCUUUUCCGGGAGUUCUAGCCUACAAUGUGUCCAAGGCAGCCGUAGAUCAGUUCACUCGUUGUGUGGCCCUGGAGCUGGCACCCAAAGGUGUUCGCGUAAACUCGGUUAAUCCCGGCGUGAUCAUUACCGAACUCCAACGGCGCGGCGGCUUAAAUGAUGAGGCUUAUGCUAAGUUUUUGGAGCAUGCCAAGGUCACGCAUGCUCUGGGCCGACCUGGAGAAGUCCAUGAAGUGGCGGCCGCCAUUGCAUUCCUGGCCAGCGAUGAGGCAAGCUUUAGCACUGGGAUCAGCUUGCCUGUGGACGGCGGUCGCCAUGCCAUGUGCCCCAGAUGAGGAUCCCUUAAUACGCUUCUUUCCUGGUGCUGUAAUGUGUCUUAUCCAGUAAACAUUUAUAAAUGUACAACUUUUCAAGGCUAUGAAUUAAAAAUAAAUAAACAACGAUUAGAAAUAUUUAAACCAAA